AUGAAAGGCGGCAACAAUGCGUUAGGCUGUAUGCAUCUUCUAUUUGAUGAGGUAAAAACUGUUGGCGAAGCAUUACAUAAAAUGGAAGCGAUGACGUCUAAAUUUCAAGAGGCUUAUAAAGAAAUGCUCGAUGAAGUAACGGAAAAACAUUUACCAACAACAACGUGUACAAUUUUCAAUCCGGAUUUUCCAGAUUUAACCAAACAACAUUUGGCGACGACAGCUCUUUUUUUCUUCAAUGGUGUGAUUAUGCAGGAAUCUUCUAAGCUCGGUAUACCUGUGAUCGAUUACAACAUUAUUAUGAAUAAACCAGAAGAUUACGCAACCUCAGUUGAACCAAGUGUACUAGGCGGUGAUAAACUUACGGAUAAUAUCAUUAAGGUGGUCGAAGAACAUGAUUUCAAAAUUAAACGAACUGUAAUUUAUGCUGGAACAAACUGA